UUUAGCCUGCGACGCUUAUGAUUAGAGUCAACAAUUUGAAAUGGCCAACUCACCUGAUGCCAUCGUCUCUUCUCCACCCGCUUUCUUAAGGUCUGAUUUUAAAUCCUGUUUUGGCAAGAUUGAGGAGGAAAAUCAUGAAAAAGGAAGGAGCUUAAAGAAGAAUCACAAUCAGAUAUAAAGGAAAGCUUUUAUUAAGGCCCAAAAAUGACCCUUAUCUUCAGUUGUCAUCUGCUAAAUAACAAAAUGGCUCAGUUUAUGAACCUCUGAAAAGCAUUAAUCUUCCGAGACCUGAUAAUGAAACUCUAUGGGAUAAAUUGGAUCAUUAUUACAGGAUUGUGAAGUCAACGUUGCUGCUAUAUCAAAGUCCAACCACAGGUCUCUUUCCCACUAAAACUUGCGGUGACGAUCAGAAGGCAAAAAUCCAUGACAGUCUUUACUGUGCUGCUGGGGCCUGGGCUUUGGCUCUUGCAUACAGGCGCAUUGAUGAUGACAAGGGAAGGACCCAUGAGCUGGAGCACUCGGCUAUAAAAUGUAUGAGAGGAAUUCUCUACUGCUAUAUGCGUCAGGCCGAUAAGGUCCAGCAGUUUAAGCAGGACCCACGCCCAGCAACCUGUCUUCACUCUGUUUUCAAUGUGCAUACGGGAGAUGAGAUCCUCUCCCAUGAGGAAUAUGGCCAUCUUCAGAUAAAUACAGUGUCACUCUAUCUCCUUUACCUUGUGGAAAUGAUUUCCUCAGGACUCCAGAUUAUCUAUAACACUGAUGAGGUAUCUUUUAUUCAAAACCUGGUAUUUUGUGUAGAAAGAGUUUACCGUGUACCUGACUUUGGUGUCUGGGAAAGAGGCAGCAAAUAUAAUAAUGGCAGCACAGAACUACAUUCAAGCUCUGUUGGCUUAGCAAAAGCAGCUCUAGAAGCAAUUAAUGGAUUCAACCUCUUUGGCAACCAGGGAUGUUCUUGGUCGGUUAUAUUUGUGGAUCUUGAUGCUCACAAUCGCAAUAGGCAAACUUUGUGUUCACUGUUACCCAGAGAAUCAAGAUCUCAUAACACAGAUGCUGCCCUACUACCUUGCAUCAGUUAUCCUGCAUUUGCCCUGGAUGAUGAAGCUUUGUUUAGCCAGACACUUGAUAAAGUAGUUAGAAAAUUAAAAGGAAAAUAUGGAUUUAAGCGUUUCUUGAGAGAUGGUUAUAGAACAUCAUUGGAAGAUCCCAACCGACGCUACUACAAACCAGCUGAAAUUAAGCUCUUUGAUGGCAUUGAAUGUGAAUUUCCCAUAUUUUUCCUUUACAUGAUGAUUGAUGGAGUUUUUAGAGGCAAUCCCAAACAAGUAAAGGAAUAUCAGGAUCUUUUGACUCCAGUACUUCAUCAGACCACAGAAGGUUAUCCUGUCAUACCAAAGUACUAUUAUGUGCCAGCAGAUUUUGUAGAAUAUGAGAAAAGAAACCCUGGUAGUCAAAAGCGAUUUCCUAGCAACUGUGGCCGUGACGGAAAACUCUUUCUUUGGGGACAAGCCCUUUAUAUCAUUGCAAAACUUCUGGCUGAUGAAUUAAUCAGUCCUAAAGACAUUGAUCCUGUCCAGCGCUAUAUCCCACUACAGAAUCAACGCAACGUGAGCAUGAGGUUUUCCAAUCAAGGCCCACUGGAAAAUGAUUUGGUAGUUCACGUAGCACUCAUAGCAGAAAGUCAACGCCUUCAAGUUUUCCUCAACACGUAUGGUAUUCAGACUCAAACACCUCAACAGGUAGAGCCCAUUCAGAUUUGGGCUCAGCAGGAGCUGGUGAAAGCUUAUUUCAACCUGGGUAUCAAUGAAAAAUUAGGACUCUCCGGAAGACCGGAUAGACCCAUUGGCUGCCUCGGUACAUCAAAGAUUUAUCGCAUUCUAGGAAAGACUGUGGUUUGUUACCCUAUCAUCUUCGACUUAAGUGAUUUCUACAUGUCUCAAGAUGUUUUACUGCUGAUAGAUGACAUAAAGAAUGCACUACAGUUCAUUAAGCAAUACUGGAAAAUGCAUGGACGCCCACUUUUCCUUGUUCUCAUCCGGGAAGACAAUAUACGAGGUAGCCGAUUCAACCCCAUAUUAGAUAUGUUGGCAGCCUUUAAAAAAGGAAUGGUUGGAGGAGUCAAAGUUCAUGUUGAUCGUCUACAGACACUAAUAUCUGGAGCUGUAGUAGAACAACUUGACUUCCUACGAAUCAGUGACACAGAAGAGCUUCCAGAAUUUAAGAGUUUUGAGGAACUAGAACUUCCCAAACAUUCAAAAGUCAAACGACAAAGCAGUACCCCCAGUACUCCUGAACUAGAACAGCAACCAGAUGUCGCCAUUACCGAAUGGAAGAACAAGCCCACCCAUGAAAUUCUUCAAAAACUGAAUGACUGCAGUUGUCUGGCUAGCCAAGUCAUCCUGCUGGGUAUACUGCUCAAAAGAGAAGGCCCCAACUUCAUCACCAAGGAAGGAACCGUUUCUGAUCACAUUGAGAGAGUCUAUAGAAGAGCUGGCAGCAAAAAGCUUUGGUCGGUUGUGCGCUGUGCAGCAAGUCUUUUAAGUAAAGUAGUGGACAGCCUGGCCCCAUCCAUUACUAAUGUCUUAGUGCAGGGAAAACAGGUAACUCUGGGUGCCUUUGGGCAUGAAGAAGAGGUUAUCUCUAAUCCUUUGUCUCCAAGAGUGAUUAAGAACAUCAUCUAUUACAAGUGUAAUACCCAUGAUGAGAGGGAGGCGGUCAUUCAGCAAGAACUGGUCAUCCAUAUUGGCUGGAUCAUCUCCAAUAACCCUGAGUUAUUCAGUGGCAUGCUGAAAAUACGAAUUGGGUGGAUCAUCCAUGCUAUGGAGUAUGAACUACAGAUCCGUGGUGGAGACAAGCCAGCCAGAGACUUGUAUCAGCUGUCACCUAGUGAAGUUAAACAGCUUCUGUUGGAUAUUCUUCAGCCUCAACAGAAUGGAGGAUGUUGGCUGAACAGGCGUCAGAUUGAUGGGUCUUUGAAUAGAACUCCUGCUGGGUUCUAUGACCGAGUAUGGCAGAUCCUGGAGCGAACUCCCAAUGGUAUCAUUGUAGCUGGGAAGCAUUUGCCACAGCAACCAACCCUGUCAGAUAUGACCAUGUAUGAGAUGAAUUUCUCUCUCCUUGUUGAAGAUAUGUUGGGGAAUAUUGACCAGCCAAAGUACAGACAGAUUGUUGUGGAGUUACUAAUGGUUGUAUCCAUUGUACUGGAAAGAAACCCUGAGCUAGAAUUUCAAGACAAAGUAGAUCUAGACAAACUGGUGAAAGAAGCAUUUCAUGAAUUUCAAAAAGACGAGAGUCGACUAAAGGAAGUUGAAAAACAAGAUGACAUGACUUCCUUUUACAACACUCCCCCACUGGGAAAAAGAGGAACAUGCAGCUAUCUGACAAAGGUUGUGAUGAAUUUGCUGCUAGAAGGAGAAGUCAAACCAAGCAAUGAUGACCCAUGUCUGGUUAGCUAGUGAGAAAGGUGUAAAAGGCUCUGUUGAGACAUGUUUUCUAGUAGUGUGUUGAGUUUUGUGUUGAAGCUUAGUUCAGGCCACCAUUAAUGUAUGGACUGAGUAUGUUGGUGAGGUGGUUGCCAUGUCCUUGGCAGAGCCACUGGACCUCUUGCACUCCAUAGCCAAUCUAAUGGUAAGAAAUGCUGUAACUAGGUGGAAAAAAGUUCUGAUGAUUAUUAUGCCAACUACAAUAAUAAUCUUUACUGAAUGAUAGAAAUAGUUUAUGAAUUGAAAGUUCACUACUGCAUGUUUUAUGAUCAAAUAACUCAUCAAAAUGAAUCUUUGCUCUUUGGACUAAAUUCCCACCUUACUGCCAUUAAAAUGAAUUUGUCAGCUAGUGAUGCAUACUGGAUAUUGAAAGAAUGAUGAACUUAACUUAGUAUCAUUGUUAUACUAAAAAAGAUAUUAAAAAUCAUAAAAGCAAAUCUGCCAGCUAAUGUUUUGAUUCUCAAAAACUGCAUUGUUGAUGAAAUUUUAGUAUACAGAACUAUUGUACAACUUUUACCUUAUAAACAUGACUAUAGUUGUGUAUUUGUGCUGACUUUAGGGGUUGGACUAAAAUACAGUGUAAUCUAUACCUGAUUAGACAUUUUUCUUUGAGCUCUUACUAGAAAUAUGGCAUAUGUAAGAUUUUUCAGAAGUAUGGACUGUUAACCUAGUUUGUACUAGUAAAAAAAAUUGAAAAUCAUUAAAUUUUACUUCUGAAUUAAUG